CGCUGUCAAAAAUAUAUAUAAAAAAAUCAAAACCAAAACGUCAAAGGGAACGCUCUAACUAUAAUAUUCCAAAGAGAAUUUUGGAUAAUCCCCGGUUUUUCGUUGCAUAUUGACUCCUUUUUCCUCAAAAUUAACAGAUUUGUGGAGUAGAUGAAGGUUAAGGUAUGCCUCGAAACAACCCAAAAGAGAAGUACGAGUCAACCUCUCAGAUGUAUAACAGUGGCACUGUCCUCUCUAAAAGGAACACAUUCAUGUCAAUGGAGGAACAGGCCAGUGGAAAAAAGUCUACAUGGAGUGAGCUUGAGAUAACAGGGUCCAUCAGGAAUUUGGCACCUAGUUUAUUUCAGAUGACUCAUAUAACACGUCUGGGAUUAAAAAAUAACUGCCUACAUCGCAUACCACCAGACAUAGCCAGUUUGGUAAACCUGCGCAAUCUAGACGUUAGCCACAACAAGCUAAGGUCUCUACCUGCCGAGUUAGGAGAACUUAUUUAUUUAAGAGAAUUACAUUUAGGACACAACCUGUUAAGAAUCCUGCCAUAUGAGCUGGGCAAGCUCUUUAACUUGAUGAUUUUGGGUUUGGUGGGGAACCCGCUUAGUAAAGACAUCAUGACCAUUUAUAGUGAACCCAAUGGGACUCAAAAGUUGCUUACUUUCAUGCUGGAUAAUCUGCAGGUUACAACUCCCAGCCCGCCCCCCAGACCUUGGAUACCUCUGGCAAGACCUACGAAUAAUCGUCCAGCAUGUAUCUUCACUGUGAUGUGUUACAACGUACUAUGUGAUAAAUACGCCACACGGCAAAUGUACAGCUACUGCCCUACGUGGGCCCUUAACUGGGACUACAGAAAAAAAGGAAUCCUCGAGGAGAUUCAACACUAUUCCGCCGACAUUAUUAACCUCCAGGAAGUCGAGAUGGAUCAGUUUUACAAUUUUUUCAUGCCCGAACUUAAGGCUCAAGGUUACAAUGGUAUUUACUCGCCGAAAUCGCGGGCUAAGCACAUGGCCGAGUCGGAACGAAAGUACGUGGACGGGUGUGCCAUCUUUUAUAGGACUUCUAAAUUCACGUUAGUAAAAGAACAUCUAGUAGAAUUUAAUCAAUUAGCGAUGGCGAGCGCGGACGGAUUAGAACACAUGUUGAAUAGGGUAAUGCCUAAAGAUAAUAUUGGACUGGCAGCUCUUCUGCAAACAACAGAAAGCGCUUGGGACAAUGCUUCGCCAGACGCCCAGUAUAUCUCGCAACCGAUAUUGGUUUGCACCGCACAUAUCCACUGGGAUCCAGAAUUCUGUGACGUGAAACUAAUACAAACGAUGAUGCUCGGCAAUGAGCUUAAGACAAUCUUGGACGAAUCCGUACAAACGUUAAGAUCGAAUAAUAUGAACAUCAACGACCCUAACAACAUACAAGUGGUGCUGUGCGGUGAUUUCAACUCGUUACCAGACUCGGGAGUAAUCGAAUUUCUGAGCACGGGGCGCGUGUCCCAGGACCACAAAGACUUUAAGGCCUUGAGCUAUAAAAGUUGCCUGGAAAAAGUUCUCAGCUGUGAUAAGCCCAAUGAAUUUACGCAUUCCUUUAAGCUGGCUUCCGCUUACAAUGACGAGAUCAUGCCUUUUACUAAUUAUACAUUUGAAUUCAAAGGAAUAAUAGACUACAUAUUUUACGCGAAAAACUCAAUGACACCGCUGGGUCUGUUGGGUCCGAUAUCUCAAGAUUGGAUUACGCAAAACAAAGUGAUUGGCUGUCCGCAUCCUCACGUUUAUUCCGAUCAUUUUCCGUUGCUGGUGGAGUUGGAAAUGGUACCGACGAUAUCCGGACCCAUGAAUGGAAUUAUCAGGUAGCAACCGAUGAUUUACUAAAUGGAAAUGAUACAAGAAGAUAAAGAAAAUAACCACAUUGUCGCCUUCGCAUCCAUGCUGAGUACCUGUACCGGAUAAAACACGCCACAGGUUUAUUUUUAUCUACCCUACAUGUAUACAAACCAUUCUUUCUUUUUUGCCUUUUUUACAACUACACUUUUUAUCAUAACAUGGCCACAUUUUAACAACUUUAGUGUAAAAUUCGAUUAGCAGUACGAUCUUGAAUACUUUGUUGUCAUUAAAUGUGCAUUAUAUCGCAAUUUCUUUGUAAAUAAAUCGGUACCUGACGGCCUCACAAAAAAUCCAUUAUAAUCAUCGUUAUGCAGCUGAUAAAUAACUCAUUUUCUUCGAACACAUUAUAUAAAUAUAUCGGUCUUUACACCACACGCACACAAAAAAAUCUAAAAAUCAAGUUGAGGUUACUGUGAUUUUGUAUUCUUCUAUUUUUAUUUUUUAAGGAACGAGCUUUUUUAGCAUACGUACAGAAUAUUAUAAAUUCAGCAAAUUAACUAUUAAAUAAUAUUAAUGUUAAUGUUAAAAUGUAAGUUGCAUUAGUUUUUCUAGAGAUCUCAAGUUAAGGGCAUCGAAUUUGUAAUAUGCUGUAGCAAGGUAAGUAACAUGUAUUAUAUCAAUGUAAUAAAAAAAUUAAUAUUAAAUAUAAAUAUUGUGUCAAUUUUGUGCUGGUUUUGGUUUGGAUAUAAGUGCAAUACUGUCCAAUGUAAGAAUAUGAUAAUUUGUUAACUUUGUUAAUAAUUGAAAAUUAAUCCUUUUAUAUAGUUGCUCAAAAUUGUGAAACAUGUUUUAAUUAAAUGAGGAGGUUAUCUUGGCCUAAAUUCAAUUUUUUAGGUCUUGUACUGAAAUAUUUCACAUUUAAAACUACUUGACUUAAUGUUUUCAGAGAGUGUAGGUCAUUAAAAAAUGCGAAUAAGAGUGGUCGAGCUAAGUUAUCUAAGUGCUAAAAUUAAAAAUUGCUAGAAAUCAAAGAAAACUUGACAAAUAAGGAAAAUAAAACAAAUGUAAUUUUUUUAUGGAGAAUUGGCUUUAUUAACAAACACAGAGAUAAACUAAAAUAAAUGUUCUGUGGUAAGACAUCAAAGAAACUUCGUAAAGCAAAAUAAGUGAAGAAAUAACGGAAAUGAUCUAAGUCCACAAAAAUAAUAAAUGAUUAAAAAUCUAAAAUAGUGGUAAAAAAUGCCCUAUUGUUCUGAUCAAAGUACUUUAGCAUUGCGCGAAGGUCUUUUUUCUUACUUUCCUUUAUUUGCUCAACACCAGGCAAGGCUAAGAGCUCAACCGACUUUAAAUUUUGCACAGUCACACCCUUUUUUAAUACACGGCACUUCUCCCAUCCUAUUAAGUCACUGAAAUUUUUCUUGUACAAUACUAUGCCGGACUCUCCUUUCGUUACACGUAACCACGACGCUUGUGUAAUGCCUAGUUUAGUUGUAUUUAUAAGUUUUGAUGAUAGUUUAUCAAAAUCAAAAAAAGUACAUUCACCCAUAUCUAAGAGUCUGUAUGGCCUGGAAGGUCUAGCAGCCGCAAUUGCCGCUUUGACAUCGUUUACUGUCUGAAGCUUAGAACGUUUUGCUUGUUUCUCGAUAAGGGCAAAAUCUCUAUCUGAAGACGAAAAAUUUAUGGUCGAUGGUGUCAAAAUGUCCAUUGGCUACUAAUAAAAUGUAUAAGAAAAUGAACAUUCGGUUUUUUAAUAAUUGCCCUGCGCAGUUGUCACUCCAUAUACAUAGUUUUCGCUUAUAAGUUGAAAGCUGACCUGUGUUCAAGGCUUGUAGAAGACAUGAUGCCAUUUGGUUGCCACCUCGGCCCGACAGUCCUUCAUGCCAGAUGCACAUUAUCCGAUCUGACGUAUCUUGCACAUGUAUUCCAAAAUUGUAGCAUGACAACUGGCGGCUGUAAUACAUACUACUAUGCGUUAAUUUUGGUAGGGAAAAAACUUUCUGUAGAUCCAUGGUAAUGGUACAGGUAUCCCUACCCGGAAGAGUACUACUCGCACUGUCUUCUUGAAUGACCUUUAGAGCUUUAUCUGUUUUUCUAUGAUGCAACUCCAGCUCGUUUUUAGCUUUUCUUGAUACAUUAAGUCUACGUCCUUGCUUCUUAAAAAAAAUAAAUCACAAGUCUUGCACGUAUCAACUCUAGGUCUUCUAAAAGAAAGAUUUGGAAAAUCCUUUAUAAAAACUCCUCUAUAGAAUUUGUAUGUUAUAGUGCAACCAGGAUGCUUUAUUUUAAAAGCGUUGAAUAGCUUAUAGACAUUAAGGUCCGGACUGAGAUAUUCUUUUUCACUUUUUGAAUGGCUGUAGUGGCUCUCGUCCCUCGGAAAGCUGUUGAUGUGGUCUUUUACCAUCUGUCUAUCAUGAAGAGUGUACUUGAAUUUUUUACAACCUCCUCGUUUAUCCUUGAAGGUUGUAUGCCCCUCCUUUUUACGCCUAACAAGCGUGGUAAUCUUUUGCGGACUGAUUCAAGGUCAUGGUAUAGAUCGAAAAGCUUAACUUUUAUAUCAAUCACAUCCCUACAGCGAAAUUUACAUUUACAGGUGAUCUGAAAUUAAAAAAAAAAUCUCAGGAUAAUGUAACUAUCGGCUACAAAGAUUUGACUAUCGGGCCGCGCCGCGAGUGGUCUAAAAUUUCAAGCGAAAUAUCGUUAAAAAUCUCGUACUAACCUCAUUUUUGGGAACGGCUUUUCCAGGUUUUUGCAGCUUUGAUUUUUGUGUAACAUAAGAUUUUCCACUCAAUCUAGCUUCACUCUGUUUUUUUCUUCUUGAUUUCGUAUUUGUAUUAUCGCCAAACGCAAUAGAGUUCAUUGUAAUUACUUUAACAUAUAAAUACACAGACAAUAACAAUCGAAUCUAACGACAACCAACCAAAAAUAUCGACCUGCAUACCGGCACUUAGAUCAAUUAGCAAAGAAUAUGAUGCCGGACAUAGAGGUGGCCCCAUCUUUGGACUUCGUUUGCAAGCCCUAGGUUGAAAUUGGCACUUAGAUCUCAUAAUAGGAUAUUGGCGGUGGCAUAGAAUAUAUUGAAAGAAAAAAAAUGAAAAUGUAUAUUUUGGCACUUAGAUCAUUUAGCUCGACCACUCUUCAAUUAUCAAACGGUGACAUGACAUUUGAAAUUGAUUGAAAUAUCACCAAGUCAUACUUCUAGUUAAAUUUCAUUAUAUCUGCUCUUCCCUUUCUCGUAGACAACCCUAGGGUUUGUUAUUGUUUGGUUAUGUUAUGGUUAGUUUGUUGUUUUUUUUCUUUACUAUUACUUACAGUUAACACAGAUUGCAGAAUCAAACGGUUAUUUAAAGUCGAAAACUUAAUCUCCAAAAUCGAAACUUGGAUAACAAUCAUUUAACAGUAACAACAAAACACUAUAAACCAAUUUACAUUUUUGGCUUAGAAAAACAUGUAGAUCCCUAUUUUUUAUUAAGUCAUUUCAUUAAAAAAAAUCAAUUGACACCCAGUAAAAGAAGAUAUAAAAUCAUAUUAUAUUUUUAAUAUUCCCUUCAUAUCGAUCACACUAUACAAAAAAAACCAAGAUAACUCUCUUCUUACCUUAUAAAGGCAUUGUCUUAAUGAAAUAAUUGCAUUUUAACAUCAGUCCCAAUAAAUUAAUAUUUCUUUUAAGGAACUGUGAUACUGUGAUAUGCGUUAUUUUCCCCAACGUUUCCUUUAACGUUGCUUCUAUUUUAUUUCAUGAAUUUUUAACUGCUAUGGUGUAUCUUUUAACUUUUUUUCUGAUGUUAAAAUGAGAUUUAUUCAACAUUAUACUACUGUUACGGCCCUGCUUUAACCUCUACUUAUUUCGAUGUAAUUUUGAUGCAUAAAUUAAUUCCGUUAGGUACUUAAGUCGUUUAGGAAAUUGUUAAUUAAAUGUAUGUAUUAUAAGGUUAGCAACAAUGUGACAUAUUAUUAUGAUUAUUUGAGGGGCGAGAGCAAAACUGCACUCUAGACAGAAUAUAUUUUACAACAUGGCCAACGUUAGGUAGCUAUAUGAUUUUUUAAUUAAAAUAAUUUAUUGUCAUUAUAUUAUUUAAUUUUGUAUAUUUGGUUUGUAUUUUUUUAACUGAUUCGCUCUGGUCAGAACUAUUUAACUUUUACGACUAAAUGAGAUGUAUAUGUUGAUUUUGGUCAUAUUGUAGAUAUUUAUUGCGAGUGUGGGUAUCAGCCUAUAGUUUGUGUAAGCUGAAAAGUGAAACCAAUAAGACAGUAAAUAUUUUAACAUUUA